CCAUCCCAGCCCCUGCCCACCCUGCCAGGGAACAAUCCCUGCCCAAUCAUGAUCCUGUAGAUUGUUGAUUUGAUCAAUGACCUUCAGGAUAAUUACAAUCACGAUGAUAGGUCACUGCCCAAGGGCUGGCGUUGGGUGGCAGAGGGGCCCUGGCAGCUUGAGGGGAAGGGAGUUCUCCGUGUUUAGGGAGGUUUCAGCAGUGGAACGGGACAGUUUUCACCUGCAGACAUCCACGAUGCUCUGGAUCCCAGGAGCGCCCAGGCUGUGCCCAUUUCCUGCUCAGCUCUUCUCCAGCCCGGCCCAGUGGCCGGUGAGGAGAGAGGAAAAUCACUUGCAAUGCAAAUGAUGGAAAAGCAGGAAAUGCCUCACCUGGGAGUGUUAAAUGCUGUUAAUGGUUAAUGCACCGGCAAUUUAAACCUCCCCAGGUCCAGGGACUGAUGCUUCUUCUGAGGUGUGGGACAGAGAGGACCGGUAUCAUCAGCUUUGGGCUCCCCCGAGCUCUGCUCCACUCGGGGCUGGCCCUUGAGCUGAGUCAGGCUGACCCCGAGCACGGGAACACCAUGUACGAGCUCAACGAGAGCAGCUUCGACCCCAUCACCUUUGUCCUGACAGGCAUCCCGGGCAUGGAGGAGUCCCACAUCUGGAUCUCCGUCCCCUUCUGCCUGAUGUACCUCACCGCAGUGCUCAGCAACCUGGUCCUUCUGUUUGUCAUCACCACGGACCGGGGCCUCCACGAGCCCAUGUACCUGUUCCUCGCCAUGCUGGCUCUCUCUGACCUCAUGCUGUCCACCACCACCGUGCCCAAAAUGCUGGCAAUCUUCUGGUUCAGUGCCAGGGAGAUUUCCUUCGAUGCCUGCAUCACACAGAUGUUCUUCACCCAUUUCAGCUUCAUCGUGGAAUCCUCCGUGCUGCUGGCCAUGGCCUUUGACCGCUACGUGGCCGUGUGCGACCCGCUGCGCUACGCGUCCAUCCUGACCCCGUCGGUCAUCGGCAAGAUCGCCGUCAGCGCCGUGGCCCGCGGCUUCUGCAUCAUGUUCCCACCCAUCUUCCUCCUGAAGCGCCUGCCCUACUGCGGGCACAACGUGAUGCCCCACACCUACUGCGAGCACAUGGGCAUCGCCCGCCUGGCCUGCGCCGACAUCAGGGCCAACGUCUGGUACGGGCUGACCACGGCGCUGCUCUCCUCGGGCCUGGACGUGGUGCUCAUCGCCGUCUCCUACGUGCUGAUCCUCAGGGCGGUGUUUCGCCUCCCAUCCCGGGAGGCUCGCCUCAAAACCCUCAGCACCUGCGGCUCCCACCUCUGCGUGAUCCUCAUGUUCUAUGUGCCCGCCUUCUUCUCCUUUCUCACGCAUCGCUUUGGCCACCAAAUCCCCAGUCGCGUCCACAUCCUCCUGGCCAACCUCUACGUCGUGGUGCCGCCCAUGCUCAACCCCAUCGUCUACGGGGUGAGGACCAGGCAGAUCCGGGAGCGCGUCCUGCGCCUCCUGUGCCCCGCGGGGGACAGGGAGCGUCCCUGCCCCGGCUGGGGGGGCGGCUGCUGAGCGGGGGGAAGAGGGACGGGGUCUGGAAAGCAGCACCAAAGGCUGCAGCUCUUCUCAGCCUGGAGGAACUGCUUUGCCCAAGGGGUUCAAGGGAAGCUGAAGGUGGUGUGAAACGUGGAUGUGGGUCAUCGACAUCUUCACUGCUGCUGUCUUCUCCUGGAGCUGCUUCCCCUGAAUUUCCUUCACUGGCAGAGACUGGGUAGGUUCAGCUGAGAAGCAUCAAUGCCUGCUGACUCAAUGUCACUGUUACAGCUGGUUAUGUUUGCUGUCCUACAGCUCGAUUUCUGCCUGUUCCUGCACCUUCCUAACAGUGUCCAGACCAUGGACACCUUGUUGGCUGCCAGACUGAAGCAUGGCACACCAAGCAUGGCUGGAUGGGUGUCACACCGCUCACCAUGGCCCAGCGGGGCUACACCCUCCUGUCCUCACUGCUGAGGGACCCUGCCACUUCCUACUGCUGAAGGUGUUUCCCUGCUGAAGUGCUCUGAGAACCUGGGAAAGGCUUCAUUGUCCUGUGUAAGAGGGAAAUAUUUCCCUUAAUCCGUGACUCCCAAACGCAAUCCAAGCCUUUAGAGUGGUGUUUGAGGGGACAGUGGUCCUACAGCCACCACAUCCCACAGGGCUGCUUUCUGUCUUGGCCAGCCCAGCUGUGCCUUGUCCAGGCAGCAUCCAGGGAGUUUUGGUUGUGAUCAGGGAGCCCUUUCUGGAGGCUCCACAGUCCAGCUCUCCUGGCAAUGCCAGGAGUGGGAUGGUGUGGCCCUGUGUCACCCGUGAGGCCCCACGAAGGGCCUGGUGUGUUCCUGAUGUUACUCAUGGGAUGGAGCAGAUCAGCCAUCGCUGCAGAAUGUCCUUUUGCCCUGACUGUGAGGGCAGCCAGCACUUGCCAGUCCCACAGCCUGACUGGGCUGCAAAGCUUUCAGACCUGCCCAUGGUGGGGAAAGCACUGCUCAGAGACCUCAGAGGUGUCUCAUCUGCAGAGGGUGGUGACCCUGGACAUGCUGGGGAACGGCUCUGCCAGGAUCUGGACUCUGUGAAAUGUUGUGCCCUGCAUCAGGGCGGGAGCUGUGGGACCUUUCUGGGCUGGUGGAACCCGAUGUUCCUGGUGGAGGGCAGGAGCCAUGGACACAGCAGGUGUGUUCAGACCUGAAUGGCACAGGAGCAGAGCUCAACACAGCAACCCAACCAGCAAACUGCUCCAGCCACACCAGUAAUGCUGCCACGACUUCAGGAGAAAAGGGGAAGAGACACAGUCAUGAUUUCAGAUCAAAACCCCCCCCAAAAGUUUUUCACUUUUGCAGCACGUUUCUUCUUUGUUUUAUUUUCCUCUGAUCUGAUCAAAGGUGGCACCCUGUGACUGGCACAGGGGAAAUGAAAGUCUGUUCAUUAAAGGCUGUUUGUGUACCAGCAGAGAUAACGGAGCUGGGUACAAAAGCUGCUCGUGUCGCUGGGUUCUUUCAAUGUCCUCAGAACGUUCGUGCUUGCAUUGGCUUUCUUAGCAAAAAGGAAAAAAACAAAAGAGUGUUUGCACAGAGCAGCCAUGUGAUUUUUGAUAGGAGAGGAGCUGUGAGAAGGAAAAUGUGUCAGGAGAGCAUGCUGCUGUGGGCAGCUCUAAGAACAACUGAGCUGCCACCUGGACCUGUCAAUGUACAGAGCUUGGAGCAUCCUGGGACAGGGGAAGGUGUCCCUGCCCCUGCCAAGGGCUGGAAUCAGAUGAGCUUUAAGGUCCCUUCCAGCCCAAGCUGUUCUGUGAUUCCAUGACUCUGGGUGUUCCUUGGGGUCUCCCAGCAUGGUCCUACACGAUGGAGGAGGCAGUUCUGAACUCUGCUCUGCUCUGGUGGGUGUGGUGCCAGCUCAGGAGCAAACUGCCCAGGGAAACGUCCCCAGGUCAAUGAAUCACCAGCUGGACCAUUCCUGGCCAGGGGCCCGUGCCUAAUGGGGCAUUAGCCAGCCAAGCAGGGAGAUUUAUAUUUCCAGGUGGUUAAAAUGUCAGCUUAAUAGCUCACACAGGGUGGGAAACCACAGCUCCUUCUUUUUUUUUUUUUUUUCCCCCCAAAUUGGGAGACACCCAUUGUUUUUUUAGCUCAGCUCACGAUUUUGUGUGUUUGGAUUACAAGGAUCUUUGCCUGCCUGUGGCACAGAGUUAGAAUGAGAUGAGCUUUAAGGUCUCUCCCCACCUCAACCAUCCCACAAUUCCAUUAUUCUAUAAUUCCCACUGGUGUUUUUCCCACAUAGCACAUGCAGGAAGUAAAUGGAAUCUCAAAAAUCUUUGGAAAAUAACUGGAAGUCGCCGAGAAACACUUCUGUGCCCUCAGUGAAUGUUCCUGUGCCUGAAGGAAGAGCUGAGCCUGUGCCUGGGUUGGAGAUGGAGCCUGGGGUUUGUGCCCAGCCGGGCUCUUGGUGUGUGUUUGAGAGGGGAGCGUUCCCCAGCCUGUGAUUGCUUUCUGCACGGACUGGGACCAGCUCUGCUUUCAGCACAAAGCUCUGAGUGUGCCAGGUUCAAGAUCCCCAUUUCCACGCAGCUUUAUUGCUGCUGACAGACAAUGGCUCUUUGUUACCUGUCCUUCAUCUGCGCUGGCCGCGGUGCUUCAGAGCAGAGGAGCUCCCUGAUUUUAGCUCUCCCCUUUCCCUCUUCACUGCCUUGGCAAAGGGCAGGACAGAGGCUCCUUGGGAAGGGAGGAGGGGAGAGGAGAGCAUCCCUCGCGGUGCCAGCGAGCGGCUGGGGCAUGGAGCUCACCUGGGAGGGUGAGGAGUGCCCCGGAGCUCAGGGUGUCCCGUCCCUGGAAGUGUUCCAGGUCAGGCUGGAUGGAGCCUGGGGCAGCCUCGUCUAGAGGAAGGUGUCCCUGCCCAUGGGAGGGAGAACCAGGAUGAUUCUAUGGUUCUGUGAAAUGUUAAUUUAAUAAAAUCCCACUUCACAGGCAGAAGAUAAAGAGCACCAGCUCCCUGCCUGAAACGAGAUGGUAACUCAGCCUUCGGGGGGAAGUUUUGGGUGAUUGGUUUGAUCUCAUGGAUCAGAGAUUCCUGCUGCUCCCAAAGGUCCCUAACAGCUCCCUGAAGGGUCAUGGCAGUCUGGAGGCUGCUGACUGCAAUUUCCCUGCCCUCACUGCACAGCCUGCUGAGGGUCUCUGCAGGUUUCUAGGAGGUCCAAUAAAACCAGAAAUGGGGAAAAAAAAAUCACCUGAGAGGGUUUUAGCAGUAAUCUCUGCUGAUCUCCAGCUCAGAGCUCCCAAUUUCCUCUCCACUGAGGUUCCCAAAAAGUAAAAACAGCUCUUGGUCCUGAAGCAGUCGCAGUGUGUGGAAGAACGGGGCAGAGCUCACGGCUGGUGGCCAGGUCCUGCCAGCCCGGGCUGGCCCCGGAGCCCCUUUGUGGCCCAGGGUCGGGAGAUGAAAUGUGCAGCGAGUGACUGGAGCAGGGUGAUGAGCCAAGGGGUGGUGAGGGCUCACUCAGCUCCUUCAGGGGCACCGGGAAGGUUUUCAGGGCUUGCACAGCCGGUGCAGCCACCCGGGCACAGGAGCACAGAGCCCUCCCCACCCUGCAGGGCACCCCUGGACCGGGUACAAACACGGGCUGGGGCUGGCCCAGCUGGCCCAGGACAGCUCAGCAGGGGAGGGACUGACACAACAAGGCUGGGACCUGGCGCUGGGGGUUCAGCCUGUUGGGGGUUAGCUGCGGGCUAGGUGUCUUUUUUUAUUUUAUUU